AUGAGCGUCUUCUCGCGCCUCAGGAACGGAAUCCCACCGUCGCGAGACGACUGCCAGUCUCCCUAUGAGCGAUUAAGUCAACGCAUGCUGGACAUUUCCGGGGACCGAGGUGUGCUGAAGGACAUCAUCCGAGAGGGCGCUGGCGACCCGGUGACACCAGACGCAUCCGUGCUGGUGAAAUAUUCUGGAUACCUGGAGCACAUGGACAAGCCUUUUGAUUCUAACUGCUUUAGGAAAACACCUCGGCUGAUGAAACUUGGAGAAGAUAUUACCCUCUGGGGCAUGGAGCUGGGCCUUCUGAGCAUGCGCAGAGGGGAGCUGGCCAGGUUCCUGUUCAAGCCUGCCUAUGCGUAUGGUACCCUGGGGUGCCCGCCCCUCAUCCCUCCAAAUGCCACUGUCCUGUUUGAGAUCGAGCUGAUCGACUUCCUGGAUUCUGCUGAGUCAGACAAGUUUUGUGCACUCUCAGCGGAGCAGCAAGAACAGUUUCCGCUCCAGAAAGUCCUCAAGGUAGCAGCAACUGAGAGAGAGUUUGGCAACUACCUUUUCCGCCAGAAUCGCUUCUGUGAUGCCAAAGUGAGAUACAAGCGGGCCUUGCUGCUGCUGCAUCGACGCUUGGCCAUCUGUGAGGAGCAGCACUUGGUAGAACCUGCUGAGCUUCUAGUCCUCCUUAACCUGUCCUUUGUGUACCUGAAGCUAGACCGACCUGCCAUGGCCCUGCGCUAUGGAGAGCAGGCUCUGCUUAUUGACAAGAGGAACGCCAAGGCCCUCUUUAGGUGUGGGCAGGCUUGCCUCCUCCUCACUGAGUAUGAGCAGGCCCGGGAUUUUCUAGUGCGAGCUCAGAAGGAGCAGCCCUGUAACCAUGACAUCAAUAAUGAGCUGAAAAAGCUGUCCAGCCACUACAGGGACUAUGUGGAUAGAGAGAGAGAGAUGUGUCACCGAAUGUUUGCUCCCUGUGGAAGCGGCUCCUCAGUGGGAGGAAACUGA